AUGUUGUUCAACAAUGUACGAUUAGCUCUAAAUAAGGCUAUGGAAUGGUAUUUUCCACAAAGCAUCAACAAAGGAUACACCGACGAUGCCAAUUUUCUUCUCGACGAGAAAAGCGCAAUGUACAGCCAAGAGACCGCUCGUCUCAGCCCGCAAAACAAGGUUGCAAAGGUCAAACGAAGCGACAGUGGUUUGCUUAGUCUAUCAAGGAAACGCAGUUGGAACUCAUCGACACCAAGUGUGAACAGCUUAUCCUCCAUCUCAGUAAUAACUUCACCGAGCCCGAGAGCCGCUUCUGCUCCCCUGUGGAAGGAGCAGGUGGAUCCAAAUGUUAAGGCCGAAUUGUCUCAGGAUGAAAUCCACCGUCAAGAAAUCAUCUUUGAAAUCAUUCACACCGAAAAAGACUUUACCAAAGAUGUAAACUAUCUUAUUGAGCAUUUUAUAUCCGAACUGCAAGAUUCUAGCGUACGUCUACCUUACAGCCUAAAGCAGACAUUUGAUGUACUACCACACAUCUUACGGUUACACCGACAUGUUUCCUUGCAAUUACUAUGCAUACAAGCCAUAUAUCCGGUCAUCCCCUCGAUAACCCACAUCCUCCGAGAUUUGGCCAAGCAAUUCUCGAUCUACGAAUCGUACCUGAUUCAUCACAGAGCGGCCAUAGCAGAAAUAGCACACGCCCGCAAGAAGAACAAUAAGCUCGGUCAAAUUAUUCGGUCCUUGGAGGCCAAGGUACAUUUGGGCAAAUAUUUAUCCAUCGAAAGCCUGCUCACCAAACCAUUUCAAAGGUUGUGCAAGUAUCCGUUGUUGGUCAUGACACUCCUGAAAGCCACAUCACCCGACCACGAAGAUCGUGACCCUUUGAAUGACCUGUAUGACCAAAUUGACUGCGCACUCAAGGUAUUGCAAGAGUGCAAGUAUGAGCACGAACGAAAGAACAGGGAUGUUGACGAAUUCCUUCCAAAGAAAUUUGGGUCGUGGGUGAUCACGUUUGCGUAUAAUCGCUUACUUUUAAGGUUAAACCAAUCUCAUGGAACCGACCUAACCAAAUUGCAUUGUGCAAUAGAAACACGUGCCGUACGUGAGCCUGUAAUUGUAAUUAAACCGUCAUCUCAUCUUGAACACGGCGGAUGUUUAUUUUUGCGCAUUACCGAGAAUUCAGUCCCGGAAUUUGAUAAAAAAGAUCCGUGGAUCAAUCUCACUUUGUCGAACGCCCUGGCUACUUAUCAAUCUGUGACCAUCAAAAUAUUCAAUGAUGGCAGUGUGACGCUAUUUGAUACGCGCCCCGGCUCAGAAAACACUCUGGUAACUAAUGAAACUGAUGACUGUCGUAAAACCGUUAAGACGAAACCGCCAAUUGGAAGGAAUCGCAAAGAUGUGCACCCCUGA